AUGGACUUGAAACCUAGUAACAUUGGCGUGAGUGAAGAUUGCGAAAUCAAGAUCCUCGACUUCGGACUGGGCCGAGCCACUGCGCAGAUUAUGACUGGUUACGUAACAACUCGCCACUGGAGAGCUCCAGAGAUCAUGUUGAACUGGAUGCACUAUACCCAGAAAGCUGAUAUUUGGUCUGUGGGGUGCAUCAUGGCUGUAGCUACUAAAGACAAAAAAGCAAAGGGAGAAAUAUCCUGUUUCCCCAAAGUGUCUGACUAUCGAGAGCACCUCACUAGGGUAGUCCAGAUCUGCGGCACUCCCGACAAGGCUCUCAUGGACAAGAUCGACAAUGAGUCGGCACGCAGCUACGUGGCCUCCCUGCCACACUACCCCAGGAAGGACUUCAUGUCGUUCUUUGUCGGAGCCAACCCCACAGCGGUGGACCUGCUGGGACAGCUGCUGGACAUGGACCCUGACAAGAGACCCACCGCAGCUGAGGCGCUGGACCAUCCCUACCUCGCCAAAUAUCAUGACCCCGAGGAUGAGCCCGAGUGUGAUCGUCAAUACGAUGACUCUUUUGAAAACAUGGAACUGGAUGUGGAGGGAUGGAGAAAGCUGGUAUACGCUGAGAUCCGGUCAUUUUCACCUCUGAGGAAAGCCCUCAUGGAUGAUAACAUGCAAACCACCUGACUGUCACAUGAUUGUCACACACACUGUUUGGCCCAUCUCACACUAGAGUUCUGCAGCUUACCAACCCUCCUAUACCCGUUCCACCACUGUUUGAGAUUAUAUCGGAUGAUGCAAUGUUCACAUGAUUAUCAAAAUACAAAGAGAAAAACGAAACCUUGGCUGAAAUAAUUGAUCCGGUAUCAUUCUCUUCGCGGAUAAUGUGAGAUAAUACUUCUCAGACUGUCUCGAAGAAGAUGGUCUCUCAGAGUUACCAGUGCUUCCGUGGCGCUCAUGUUUGGCGGUAUCGCCGAUGGCAACAGCCAAUCAGACACUUGGAUUUGAGAUGAUGUCAUUGACGACCGGUGGGCGGGGCUCAUCUGGUCCGUUGUCUGCAGCGAAGAGCUGUACUUUGACCCCUUCUGGAGACCCUCAAUGUAUCUAGAGAGAGAGAGAGAGGGGACGAAAAAACAGAGUGAAGUUUGUGUAUAUCUUGUCCAAAUUGUUUCUCAGAACUAACUUGGUGUAGAUGGCAGAGUGAAGUAUGGGUUUCUUGUCCACCGGAGGAGCUACAAAUAUACUGGAUAUCUGUCGAGAUUGAGUGUAUGUUUCAACAUAAUAUGGAGAGAAAGAGGGCAGAUAGUCUAUAUAGCAGAGUGUACAACUGACAGGGAGGGGAAUGGCGGAGGUAGUGGUGGGAGCGUCAGAAGAUGGAGGAGGUGCUGUUGACGGGACUGAUGAGAGGGAGACAGGAGCAGCUGCUGGCGUCCCCUCAACUGUCGCUGAGGGAACUGACUGCUGGGCUGGAGAGAGGAUUGAACCAGAGACUUUAUGACUUAAAUCAGGGAAAGAGAGAUUUUGCUCUAUGAGGGUUGUGUCACAGAGUAAGAAAAAGAGUAGAAGAUGGCACGAGUGGAGAAGAGGAGUGAGACCUUACCAUCUAGAGACACGGAGGAAGUGGUGUAGGAAGAGGAGAGGUUGGUGCCAAUGGGUACAGGGGGAGGGGUGAUGAUGGGGAUGUGGGCCACGGGGAGCGAGGGAGAGGCAAAGUUGGAGGGGAGGGGAAUGGAGGAGAGAGAGAUGACUGGGGAAGGAGCGGGUGGCGAGGGUGCAGGAGGUCGGACCACUUGUCCCUGGAUGACGUGAGAUCGCGGAUUCAGCCCCCUGCGGCAGAGGAGAGAUCACAUGAUGAUCAUGUGAGUGUCACAUGAUGAACAUGUGACACUCACAGGGCUGUUUGUGAGAGCUUCAGGAGAUGAACUUCCUUCACGUGGCGCGUGAUCUUUGGCAUGGCAUCAAAUGCUCUGUGUGGCAAGGAAUGAGAAAUGGUUCAUGAAUAUUCAUGAGGAGUGAUGGGGUUAUGUAACCUUCCUCCAUGUCUGGGGUUGCGAGGACAGUUGGCCCACCGACAGUAAAAAUGGCCGUCAGCUACAGAUAGAGAACAAGAUACUCUACUACUGGAUACAAAUGGUGAAAAUAUUGCCCUGGUAGAUACCUGAAGAGAGGACUAAACUGCAGACCCCGCCCACUUCACAUUACCUUCCCUGACGAGAUGUGUGGUGUCAGCAUUCAGCAUGAGGCAGAUGUAGCCCACCAGGCUGGUGGAUCGCGAUGUCGGCUCGAUCCUCACCUGGCCGGCUGGGCUGGGAGUGUGGAGGGGACUCGACUGCACCAGCUGGACGAUGGAGAUGAGAGGGAGAGGAACAGUUCAGAGUGGAGAAAGUUUGGCUUUGCACUCUUGUCAACUCGCUAGAAUUUCAAAUUAACCUUUUAAAGCAUUCUGUUGGUGCACAUGUGAGCAAGUUGUAUUCACUAAAAUGCCACAUGACACAAAAGCUUAAAAAGUGAAAAACACAGGUUUUUCGCA